AUGCCUCGACGCAAGUUCAUUGACAAGAAGAAUGCGACCCAUUUCCAGCUCGUGCAUCGCGCUCAGAACGACCCGCUUAUCCACGACGAAAAUGCGCCAUCCAUGGUGUUUGCAGAGGUUGACAAGCCUCGAAGACCGACCGAAGAUGACUACGCAUACUCCUCAGCAGGUUCGGCCGACUCUUCGUAUCGGAGCAGGAAGACGAAAGAGAGAGGCGAUCUCGAAGAAGAAUUCGGACUGGCAGUGAGGAAGAAUGAGGGAGAGGCAGCGGAGCAUGGCGUAUUUUUCGACGACACUCAGUAUGACUACAUGCAACACAUGCGCGAUCUGGGAAGUGGAGAGGGUGCCGUGACUUGGGUAGAGGCAAAGCCAGCAGCACGAGAGAAGGGCAAGGGCAAGCAGAGACUUGAAGAUGCCCUACGGAAAAUGGAUCUCGAUGAUGGGCGCAGUGUGGGCCAGAGCAGCAUGACCUCCAGCGUGGCGAGAAGUCUACUACCAGAAGAGGUACUACCCAGCGAAUUUGUGACGAAGAGAUCAUACCAAGAUCAGCAGGACGUGCCAGACGAGAUCGCCGGGUUCCAACCGGACAUGGAUCCACGACUGCGAGAAGUUCUCGAGGCGCUUGAUGACGAGGAGUAUGUGGACGACGAGGAGGAUAUCUUUGGCGAGCUUACGCAAGACGGCUACGAGAUUGAGCGCGAUGAGUGGGAGCGACUAGGAGAGCAAGAGCUCUUCGGCAAUGAAGACGAUGGCUGGGAGAGCGAUGACACAAUCAAAGCACCCGCCUCACCUCGUGAAAUGCCGCUUCAGCUCGGUCUACCAGAAGGCGAAGAAGCCGCUCCUCCUGAAGACCCCCAUGCCGUACCCACGGCAGACCCGACAGGAGGCGAUUGGCUUGACGAGUUCAAGAAAUUCAAAAAAGCUGAGAAGAAUGACAAGACUGAGCGAUCAGGUAUACCCGCUGCCCCAUCAAUGCUGAGGUCUUCUGCUGCGCUGUCUUCAUUGGCCGCAGGUCGCAAGAAGAAGCGAAAAGGCGCCAAGACAUCCACCACCAACUAUUCCAUGACAUCUUCUUCACUCGCCCGAACAGAUCCGCUCACUACUCUUGACGACCGCUUUGACAAGAUGGAGGCCGCAUACAGCUUAGCAGAAUUUCCAGAAGAGGAAGAAGACGAGUACAAUGCCGACGCUGGCUCCUUGGCAUCAGGCAUGACCGGUCUUUCCAGAGCUUCGAAGACUAGCAAAUACAGCGCCAUGUCAGGCAUGAGCCGAGCAUCUGGGAUGUCGACCUACUCUCGCGCUGAUGACGAGGAAGCACCAAAACUGGUGCGAAGUGACUUCGACGGCAUCAUGGAUGAUUUCUUGGGCUCUUACAGCACAUCCGGAAAGCACAAGCAACGGGUCAAGCGAGGAGGUCCAAUGACUGGUAUGGCUCAGCUCGAUGAGAUUCGACAGGGCCUGGGACCUGCGAGGUUCACGAGUAGAGCGAAAAGCUCCGCAAAAUAGAGUCAACUCGGAGCACGCUGGCAUGAUUUCUUUCCACUUGAUACCCACCAUAGAUCGAAUUCCAUGAACGCUUCACAACAACUUC